AUGCGCGUCCGCGCCCCCGUGGCCGCCGUCGCCCCUCACGGCCUGACCGCCAAGACCACCACCCCCGCCGUGGCCUCGGUCAUCAGCCGCAUGAUGUCGGAGUUCGUCCGCGAGAAGCCCCACCUGAACAUCGGUACCAUCGGUCACGUCGAUCACGGCAAGACCUCCCUGACCGCCGCCAUCACCCGCGUCCUGUCCAAGAAGGCCGGUGCCACCUUCCGCGCGUACGACCAGAUCGACAACGCCCCGGAGGAGCGCGCCCGCGGUAUCACCAUCAACUCCUCCCACAUCGAGUAUGAGACCGCCAACCGCCACUACGCCCACGUCGACUGCCCGGGUCACGCGGAUUACGUCAAGAACAUGAUUACCGGUGCCGCCCAGAUGGACGGCGCCAUCCUGGUCGUCGCCGCCACCGAUGGUCAGAUGCCCCAGACCCACGAGCACGUCCUGCUCGCGCGCCAGGUCGGCAUCAACCGCCUCGUGGUCUUCGUCAACAAGGUCGACCAGGUCGACGAGGAGACCCUCGAGUACGUCGAGAUGGAGAUCCGUGAGCUCCUCGGCACCUUCGGCUUCGAGGCCGACGAGACCCCCGUCAUCUUCGGCUCCGCCCUGUGCGCCCUGGAGGAGCGCGAGGACAAGAUCGGUAACGAUGCCGUCCUCAAGCUCAUGGAUGCCGUCGACAACUGGAUCCCCAACCCCGUCCGCGACCUGGACAAGCCCUUCCUCAUGCCGAUCGAGGGCACCUUCUCCAUUCCCGGCCGUGGUACCGUCGUCACCGGCCGCGCCGAGCGCGGUAUCAUCAAGAAGGGUGAUGAGGUGGAGAUCAUCGGCUACGGCAGCACCAUCAAGACCACCGUCACCGGUAUCGAGAUGUUCAAGAAGCUCCUGGACCAGGGCCAGGCUGGUGACCAGAUGGGCGCCCUCAUCCGUGGUGUCAAGCGCGAGGACGUCACCCGCGGCAUGGUCAUGGCCGCCCCCGGCACCAUCAAGUCCCACAAGAGCUUCGAGUCCCAGGUGUACAUUCUCACCAAGGAGGAGGGUGGCCGCCACACCUCGUUCGUCAACAACUACCGCCCCCAGAUCUUCUUCCGCACCAGUGACAUCACCGCCACCGUCAAGCUCGAGCCGGGCCAGAUGGUCGUCCCCGGUGACAACGUCAAGCUCUCCUUCGAGAUGAUCCACGAGGUCCCCAUCGAGACCGGUCUGCGCUUCACCAUCCGUGAGGGUGGCAAGACCGUCGGUACCGGUGUCGUCACCAACAUCCUCGACUAA